AGGGAAUGGCAAGGGGACAGUGGACCUGUCCCUUCCACGCUGAUGGGUGAGGUGCACUGCUGCCCCCCUGCCCAUAUCUGCCAGGCUACCUAUGGAGACAGGACUUAUUUGGAGCCCUUAUCAGCCAGACACCCACAAAGCAGGUUCUCUGGGGGCACCCACAGCCUGGGCUCUGCACUGCCCACCCUAGCAUGGCUCCCUCUCCAGCCCAAGCUAGCUGUUGCCUUGCAUUAGCCAAGCUCCCAAGAGACCCCGAAGGCUGAGCCCACUGCCCAGGAGCAUCCUGCUGUGCACCGUACACACGGGUGACAUCAGCCCUUUGUGACACCAGCAGAUGACGGCAUGGGUACCAUGGUGCAGGAGCCACACAUCAGCUAUGCAAGAGUGAUGACGAGCUUUGUCCUGCCCUCCAUUUCCAUUGGGGCCAUGCCCCGCAGCACCAAGAAAAGAAGCCCAGAGGCUCUGUGCCCCUUGGGCCCUGCCAGCAGGCCUGCUGCCUGCCAGUUGCAGCCAGCAGGAACCUGUAAAGCUGGGAGUGCUGCCCCCAGGAGUGCCAGCUCAGCCUCCUCGUCACCAACUCUGUGCCUGUGCUGCUCUUCGCGGGACUGCUCCUGUGGGCUGCCGGCCUCGCCAGGCAGCGAGCACCCUGCCCGCUCCAUCUACCGGCCCUGGUUCUCGCCCUACAGCUACUUCAUGCAUACCCACGGAGCCACCCCGCAGGACCCGAACAGCCUCUCCUACUGCAUGCCCUCCCCCACCAAGGAAUCUGACGACCCCGAUGACCUCUCAGAGAUCAUCUGCUCUUCCUCUGGCUCCUCGGACAAAACCCAGCCCCCCGAGAGGGACAAGCAGGCCAGGGACACAGCCAGGAUCACGGUCCGGGACAUCCUCGCUGUUUCCCAGCAGCAGCCGGUGCCCCAGUGUGGCUACCAGUGCAUGUCAUGCUGCCGCAUCUUCCCCACGCUGUGGUCCAUGAAGAUCCACAUCCAGCAGAGCUCCCGGGAGGGCUACAGCUGCAAGGUGUACUACCGCAGGCUCAAGGCCCUGUGGGAGAAGGAGCACAAGGAGCAGGAGGCUUGCAGCCCCCAGGGUGCCUGUGUAUCCCCGCCAGCCGGGCAGCCGCCGCGGGAGGGCACUGCUCCAUCGCUCCUGCCAGCGGCAAAAUAAAUUGUUUCAGGAGCAGGAGGCCCUGCCUGCCUGCUGCUCUUGCCUACACAACACUUCCGCCAUCCUUUGAGGGAGGCUCUUCCUGAUUUCUGCUUUCCCAGCAGUCAAAAGUCUCCUGAGCCCCUGGAAAGCGCUGCUUAGCAUCUCUGCAUCUCCAUGGAGGGCUCUGCAGAUGUUGGGAACCCCCGCCACCCUUGAGCUGUCAGGUCAGCCCUGAAACAAGGCUGCCCUGGGCAGGGGCUGAAGAGGAAGGCUGCUACCCCUCCACCCCCAGCAACAAUUCAGGGCACCUGGUUCUCACAGGCAGCCCGUGGCUGGCACCAC